AUGGAAGCUCACCUGAAGCAUUUACAGCUUACAUUAGCUAUGUUAAGGAAGCACUCUCUGUUUGCCAAGUUAUCCAAAUGUGCAUUUGCUCAGCCACAACUCGAAUACCUUGGCCACAUUAUCACUGCCAAUGGUGUUGCUGCAGACCCUGACAAAGUUACAGCCAUGGUCAGUUGGCCACAACCUCAAACUCUGAAGCAGCUAAGGGGCUUCUUAGGACUUACUGCUACUACCGAUUCUUUCGCCUGGUCUGAUGCUGCCACUCAUGCCUUCUCAUCCAUCAAGCUUGCUAUGACUUCAGCCCCUGUAUUAGCCCUGCCAGAUUUCUCUCAACCAUUUACCUUAGAAACAGAUGCAUGUUCAAAAGGUGUUGGUGUUGUACUUAUGCAGAAUGGUAAACCCAUUGCAUUCCUCAACAAACCAUUGGGUCCUAAGGCGUUGGCCUUGUCUACCUAUGAGAAAGAAUUUUUAGCCAUUAUCUUGUCUAUUCAAAAGUGGAAGCACUAUCUGUGCAGUCAACAAUUCAUCAUACACACUGACCAUCAGAUUUUGAAGUAUCUCAUGGAUCAAAAAUUGUCAACUUCCUUGCAGCAAAAAUGGUUGGUCAAAUUAAUGGGCCUUGACUAUGUUAUCAAAUAUAAAAAAGGAUCAGAAAAUCAGGCUGCUGAUGCCUUAUCUAGACUGCCUUCUGCUUCUUGUUCAUCCUUGUCAAGCAUCUUGAGGUUCAAAGGGAGACUCUACAUUGGCUCAGGCACUGCACUUAGAUCUUCUAUAUUACAUUCCUUACAUGCCUCAGCUGUUGGAGGACGUUCUGGAAUUAAUGGUACUUAUCACAGAGCUAGAACUUCUUUCUUUUGGCCCAAUAUGAAGACUGAUAUUAUUAAGCUUGUCACAUCUUGUGAUGUUUGCCAAUGCAACAAAGGAGACAAUUCAUUUCCAGGGGGCCUCCUCCAACCACUCCCAAUACCUGAUACUUCUUGGCAACACAUCUCAUUAGAUUUUAUAGAGGGACUUCCCAUGUCUUUUAAGAAGAAUGUCAUUCUAGUAGUUGUGGAUAGAUUGACAAAAUAUAGUCACUUCAUUCCUCUUGGCCAUCCAUUCACUGCUAUAACAGUUUCUAAGGAGUUUCUUUCUCAUGUGUUUAAACUUCAUGGACUUCCUAGUUCAAUUGAAAGAGACCUUAUGUUGCAACAAUUGAAGGAAGACCUCUCCAAGGCACAAAGCAGGAUGAAUUUUUUUGCAGAUAAGAAGAGGACUGACAAACACUUUGAAGUGGGUGACUUAGUUUUCUUGAAGCUCCAACCUUAUAGGCAAACAUCCGUUGUUGUCAGAAAGAAUUUCAAGCUCUCUGCAAAAUACUUUGGCCCAUUUGAAGUCAUUCAAAAAGUUGGAGUUGUUGCCUAUAAACUCAAGCUUCCUGUAGGGUCUAGAAUCCACCCAGUAUUCCAUGUAUCUCAAUUGAAAAAGAAGAUUGGCUUGCAGACUGUUCCCUCACCUCAACUUCCACUAGUGGACCAUGCAGGUCAGUUUGUCAUUGAACCAGUUGCUGUUUUGGACACUAGAACUACUGUCAGAGGAACAUUUCAAAUUCCACAGGUCUUGGUGAAGUGGUGUAAUUCAGAUCCAUCAGAUUCAACAUGGGAGUAUACUGCACACAUCCAAGCUCAGUUUCCAGACUUCAUCCUUGAGUACAAGGAUCUCUAA